GAGUCCAUGUUUGUGUUUCAUGUGUUUAUGAGUGUCAGAGUUAGCUGUGUCGCUGACUCAGGCAGCAGGAAUCGAGCUCAAAGUGAGCAUUUAAUGCAGGUUAAUGAGGAGAACGUACAAAAGCUCAAGACUCAAAGAGCGAGGCUGGGAAUGCAAAAUCAGAGAGCGAUACGCCGAUCAGCCUUAACACGUUGACAGGUGGAGUGAAGGACACUGAUCUGCAUCCUGGCACCUGUUAGUGGGUGGGACAUGUCAGGGAACAAGAACCUGUAAAAUGAUGGGAGAAGCAGGAGAAAUGGGUCAGUGUGAACCAGUUUGACAGUUUGGGUCAGAACAUGUAGGAAACUGCAGAUUUGUCAGAUGUCUCCAGUCUGCACGAGUCCAACAGACAAGCUGCUGUAGCUCAAACUGUUCAUGUCAGGUGGUUUGGGGCUGCUGACCAUCAGAGCUGAAGCACAGUUGUUGUGCGUCCUGAUGGCUGUGGUCUCUUUCAGCAGGAUCAUGCACUGAAAGCAGGAAUUUUUCCAGAAUGAUUUGAGGAGCACAACAACCAGUUUGAGGUGUUGACUUGGCCUCCAGAUCCCCCAGAAUCACGUGCUGGACAAACGGUCCGAUCCAUGGAAGCUCCACCUCACAGCUUACAGGACUCAAAGCUUCUGCUGCUAACAUGUUGGUGCAGAUACCACAGCACAGCUGCAGGGUCCGUGCCUCGACGGGUCAGGUGGAAACAGGUGGAGACAGAAUGUUUAACUUCACAUGAGACAUUGAUAACAGCCGCUAUCAAAGUAAAACAGGAAGUAAGACACAACCGAACAAGGACAAACAAGAUUAACGUGACACAGGAGACAUCACAGACAAAAACACGGCGUUAGUAACAGUAACUACAACCAAGAACAAAAGACUCAAAUAACAAGAUGAGAAUGUAAACCAUGAAGAGUCUAUAGAAAAUAUUAGAAGAUAAAGCAGGCGUGAAAGCACGGGGGAAAUAGAAACAACAGUUCUAUUAAUAGAAACCUGCAGACUGACACACAGAAACAGCUUCAGGACUGAAGUAACAGACUGGACUACAGACUAAAACUGAUAAUACACCCGAGGAUCAGAAGCUGCUGCAUCACUGUAACAGUCACAGCUCUGCAGUUCUUCAUGUUGACAGCUCUCUGCAGGGCGUGUACCAGCGGCGUCUCUACAAGGAGCUGAUGAAGAACUACAACCCGUUAGAGCGGCCGGUCAGCAAUGACUCCCACAGCCUGACCGUCCACUUCAGCUUCAGCCUGCUGCAGAUUAUGGACGUGGACGAGAAGAACCAGGUGCUGACCACCAACAUCUGGCUACAGCUGUACUGGACAGAUUUCUACCUGCAGUGGAACACGUCCGACUAUCCAGGCGUGACCAACGUCAGGUUCCCCGACAGCCAGAUCUGGAGGCCCGACAUCCUGCUGUACAACAGCGCCGAUGAAAGGUUCGAUGCUUCAUUCCACACCAACAUCCUGGUCAACUCCACAGGCUACUGCCAGUACCUGCCGCCAGGAAUAUUUAAGAGCACCUGUUACAUCGACGUCCGCUGGUUUCCCUUCGACGUGCAGCGCUGUGACCUCAAGUUUGGCUCGUGGACGUACGGCGGCUGGUCUCUGGACCUGCAGAUGAUUGAGGCUGACAUCACCGGAUACAUCGCCAACGGAGAGUGGGACCUCGUGGGGGCAGCAGAUCAUCUUCCCCUCAGAGGAACGAGGUUUAUGGUUUCUUUGACGUCACCGUCGGUGUUUUCCUGUUUGUGCACAGAGGUUCCUGGGCGGAGGAACGAACGUUUCUACGACUGCUGUAAGGAGCCGUACCCUGACGUGACCUUCACCGUGGUGAUGAGGAGGAGGACGCUCUACUACGGGCUCAACCUCCUCAUCCCCUGUGUCCUCAUCUCCACCCUCGCCCUCCUCGUCUUCCUGCUGCCCGCCGACUCCGGAGAGAAGAUCUCCCUGGGUAUCACCGUGCUGCUCUCUCUGACCGUCUUCAUGCUGCUCGUGGCCGAGAUCAUGCCGGCAACCUCAGACUCCGUUCCGCUCAUAGCGCAGUACUUUGCCACUACCAUGGUGAUUGUGGGUCUGUCGGUCAUCGCUACGGUCCUGGUUCUGCAGUAUCACCACCACGACCCCGAUGGAGGACACAUGCCACAGUGGACUCGUGUGAUUUUGUUGAACUGGUGUGCCUGGUUCCUGAGGAUGCGGCGCCCCGGCGAAGCAAAGGUCCGUCCAGCGUGUCACAACGCCGCCAAGCGUCGGCGCGGCAGCCUGUCCAGCCUGGAGCUCAGCGUCAGUCAGGGCUCGCUGCGGCACAACCCUCAGGUAAAUAAUGGCAACCUCCUCUACGUCGGCUUCAGGGGUGUUGAAGGACUCCACUACGGAUCCCCCGCUGACCCUGAGCUCCUGUGCUCGCGGCUCGUUGGAGGUGGCGUCGGUGCUGAGGAAGACGCACUGAGAGCGGGAGGAGGGGCUGGAGCUGGAGGAAGAGCAGGGGGAGCGGCUGGGAGUUCGGCCUUGGAGACAGAGCUGAACCAGAUCCUGGAGGAGGUGAGAUACAUCGCCGGGCGUUUCCGCGGCCAAGACGAGGAGGAGACGGUCUGCAGCGAGUGGAAGUUCGCCGCGGCGGUGAUCGACCGGCUCUGCCUGGUGGCGUUCUCGCUCUUCACCAUCCUGUGCACCAUCGGGAUCCUCAUGUCCGCCCCCAACUUUGUGGAAGCCAUUUCCAAAGACUUCUUCAGCUAAGAGGGAAGACAGGACGAAUGAGUGUCUCUAUUUUUAUAUUUAUGGAGAAAUCUCACGUGCAAACCGAAACCAACAUCUUGGUCUCAGCGCUUUGACUUCCCUCACCGUGUCCUUGUAGAGACAAUUAUCCUUCAAAUACCUUCAGAAAUAUGUCAUUGCUGUAUUUUUCUUUUUUCAGGUCUCAACCUCUGUAGAUUCCCACUAUGACCUUUGGACAUUUUCAUCAAACACUUGUUCAGCCGCUCCAGACCUCAUUGCUGUUUCAGACUCUUCAGUUUAGUUCUCUCCCAGUGCUGGAGAGGCAGAAAAUCUAGGUUUAAAGAAACAGUUGAAAAAUAAUUAACCACACUCACAAAUCUGGACGUCUCUUUUGCUCAAAACUGAAACAGAAAUCUGGAUUUUUCUAGAACCAACUGAGGAUCCCGAAUGAAGAACUGAGUUAAGACUUUUUGAAAAGAUGUUCCUGAUUUGGUUUCAAGCAGCCUGUGCUUUGAAGCAAACGGACAGCAGAUCUUACCUGAGUAAAUACAAUAAUGAUUUUUUUUUUUAAUGAUAACUUUAUUUAAAAAGAAAAAGGCUAUCCCGACCUACCUGCCCUGUGUGAAAAAAGCUACUGCCCUCCUCUUGUUACAUCAUAAACUAACUUUGAUUAACCACAUUUCUGUAAAGCUGAGUCCAGUUUCACUGCCAUACCCAGACCUGCUGAAUCAGAAAUCACUUACAAAGAAGCUCAGUGAACCAAAGUGAGAGCCCUUAACCACACAUGGAGAAAACCUGGAACAGACCUGAACCUUGCCAGGAGGGACCAACCUUCCAAAAUCACUCCAAAAGUAUCCGAGUCAAAGUCUGGACUGAGGUGCGUCAGCGUGACCUUCAGCAGGCGUUCAUGCUGGAAAACCUCCAGUGUGUCUGAAUUCAAAUAAUCCUCCACAGUGAUGUGAAAGACUCGCUGAAGGGAUCACAAACACGAGACUGCAGGUCUUGCUGCUGAUGGUUGAACAACCAGUUAUCAGAUUUAGGGGCCAGCUACUUUCGCACACAGGCCAGGUGGGCUUGAUAACUCUUGUCUUGGUUUAUUUUUGUUCAAUAUUAAAAAUGGUUUGUUGAUUGGAAACAUGUAAGUACAACAAAUAUGCAGACCUCCAACGAAGUCUCAGAGAUUUCUUUAUCUGAGUGUGACAUUAAACACAAACCAACCCUGGACGGUUGACCAGUGACCUGGUGGAUGCUGUGA